AUGAUGGAUAUUGUGCGCGAAAGAAACGGGAACUUGGACCUGAGUGAUUCAUAUGAAGAUGAAGAGCGAAGUCCUGCGUUGAUGGAGCCGCACAGCGGCAACACCGUCUGUUUGAGUAACAAUGUGAAUAGCGGAAAUACUGCUAACGAGGCGUGUGUGGACAUCAGCAACGAACGAUACAUCAUCUGGAGAAGAAAUACACCAUUCCUGUACAACGCCCUGUUGAGGAACAAACUGGAGUGGCCCUCCCUGACGGUCGAAUUUAUAGGCAUCGAUAACUCUUUCAAAGCGAAAACGAAUUACUUCACAAAUAAAAUACUCCUCGGCACAUAUACGUCGAAUCAGGAUUCAGAAUAUGUGUAUAUUGGGGAGGUAAAGGCUCCACUGUAUUCAACAAAGGAAGAUGUCUUGCAGUUUGAAAACUACACAGGAUUUAUUAACAACAAAAAGAAGAAAAAGGGCCACCCACUCCCUUCUUUUGAAGUAAAGGCCAAGUUGCUUCAUCCAGGGGAAGUCAUAAGAGCUACUCACCUACCAAGCAACUCCUUUUUUAUUGUUACGCAGACGUACAAUGGAAGCAUACUACUGUUUGACUAUACGAAGCAUCCUUCAUUCCCCUCAGACACAUCCACGUGCUACCCGCAGAUGAUCCUGAAGGGGCACAAUGGUGAAGGCAAUGGUCUAUGUUGGAACAUUAAUAGGGUUUACGAUAACUGCGGCAAACAGAGUACUGCGUUUAAGGAGGAAGUUGACCUUGAUACGACAGAAACAACGGAUGGAACUAAUGGGAAGGAGUCAAUGGAGGAAGAAAAAGAAGAAGAGAGUAGCGAUGAACUAAUUGAUGAUGUAAACACGAGCAACUUACUUCUCGCCUCGUGUGCAUCCGAUGGAAGUAUAUGCCUGUGGGAUAUAAACAAAGGAACGAAGAGCAACGAAGUGCCCAGAACGUAUGGAAUAAACAAAACCGGAAAAGGUGCCGAUUAUAAUCUUAAGAUUUACGAAAAUACACCUACCUUGAGUCCUCUGUGUACGUGGAUACAUAAAAAUGAGGAGACAUCACUGAACGACAUAUUUUUUCACCCCAAGUUUAAGAAUGUUUUGGGGGUUUGUGAUGACAAUGGUUGUAUGAGUAUAUAUGAUAUAAGGGCCAAAACAUUUUUUUCCAAGGCGGAGCUCAAUUUUAAAGAACAUAAUGCACCCAUGAACACCUUUUCUUUCGAUACUUUUUCUGAAUACACUUUUUCCUCUGGGUAUUCAGACGGAUUAAUAUCCAUUUGGGAUAUAAGACACGAGAAAGCUUCUCUGCUGCAGAUAGACUAUCACACACAAAGUAUUAAUAGGAUUAAAUUCUGCCUGAUGCAGUCAGGUAUUUUUGGAUCAUGCUCUGAUGAUGGCACAGCAUGUAUAUGGGACAUUUCCAGAAAUUCUGUAAAUUAUUCACAAGUGCAAAAACUGGAAGACGAUAUUUAUAAUAAUCCGAAGAAGAUUCCAAAGCAGCUUCUCUUCGUCCAUGGUGGCCACGUUGGAAGUGUGUAUGAUCUUUCUUGGGCCAACUGCAACACCUUCUUGGUGGCUACAGUAGGCGUCGACAACUCUCUCCAGGUGUGGCACAUGAACGAGCAGUUUUUGUUUCAGUGA